UGCAUGCAAUUCUAAAAUCUAGUAAUAUACAAAGCAUACUUAUAUUAUCCGAUAAAUAAUAUUGAAUCUAGAUGGAAACUACUUGGGAAGUUGGGAGAACACCAAUUUGACCAAGAAAAAGCCAUAUCCUUAUUUGUUUAUGUUAAUUGACUAAUUCUUUAAUCACAUUUCAGUCAAAAUACGUAAUCCCAAACUACAAAAUGAAUGCCUAUAAAUUCCACAACCAAAAUACAUUAUACACCAACUCAAAAAAAAAACAAACUUUUGACAUUCAUACAAAACAACACAAAAUGAAAUCUCAAUUGAAAAUCUCUCUCUUUCUAUUCUCUCUUCUCAUCACCACCUCCUCUUUGCUCACUCUUUCUCUGGCAGCUGAACUCUGCCACCCAAAUGACAAAAAUGCCCUUCUUGAAAUUAAAGCCCAUUUAGGCCCAAACACCACUUUUUUCUCCUCAUGGCAGCCCAACACUGAUUGUUGUAAGACUUGGUACAACGUUGGGUGUGAUAACCAAACUAAUCGGGUUAAGUACCUAACCAUCGGUCAGAACAACGAGCUCAUCGGGCAGAUUCCUCCAAUUGUCGGUCAGCUGACCGGUCUUGAGGUCCUUUACUUUAAUGAUAUGCCUGGUUUAACUGGGCUCAUUCCCUCGUCUAUUUCAAACCUUGUUAACCUUCAAGACCUCGAGUUUUUUCGAACUAACUUAACCGGUUCAAUCCCACAAUCCCUAUACCGGCUUAAAAAACUAAAUAUCCUUGACUUAUCAGAGAACAAAUUCAACGGUUUAAUCCCCGCAUCUCUAUCUCGUAUCCCCAAUCUCCAAAAACUCACCCUACAAAAAAACCAGCUCUCCGGUUCAAUCCCCGAGAGCUUCAGUUCAUUUAAAAACCUAGCCUUACAAGUCAGCGAUAAUAACCUCUCCGGUCCAAUCCCAAAAUCAUUGAGCCAAGCCGGGUUUAGCUGGCUAGACCUUUCAAACAACCAGUUCAUAGGGGAUGCUUCAUUUUUAUUUAGAAAUCCAAAACUAAUUUUAAUAUACUUGAGAAACAAUGCAUUCUCAUUUGACUUCUCUAACGUGGUAUUUAACUCAAGGUUACAAGGUCUUGAUGUUAGCCAUAACAUGAUUUAUGGUUCACUACCUAGACAACUUUCUCAGUUGCCUUUGCAGGUUUUUAAUGUGAGCUACAACCAGCUUUGUGGACCGGUUCCGACCGGAAAAUGGUUGACCCGGUUUGGGGCUGAUUCUUUUGAAAAUAACAAGUGCCUUUGUGGCGGUCCGCUCCCGGCUUGCAAGUGAACCGGUUUAGGAAGAUAAUCUUGAUUAUUUGUUUAUUAAUUUUGAUAUGUGAAUUUAUUUAAUUUGGUGAAUUUCGUCUUCCAUAUGCUUCAAUAAUGGCGGCUCCGGAGCUUUAUUUGUAUAUUAUCAUCCAUUGAUUUGAUUUUUAGAUUUAUAUAGUUGAAAAUUUCAAUAAA